AUGAGAAGUUCAUUAGCAAAGUCGGUGGUCAGUAUUAUAGAGAAUCAGUUUCUUAUGAGACAUGGUAUUCCACAGUGCAUCAUCAUGGAUAAUGGACCACAGUAUAUCUCCAAUCACAUGAAGAUGCUGAAGGCGAAAUAUAAAAUUCCUAAUCUAUUCUAUAAUUGCAGAUUUUUGCCCCAGAAUAAUCCUGCUGAGAGAGUGAACAGAGUUGUGGUCACUGCUUUGGCUUCUUUAGUUGGCACAGACCAAAGACAUUGGUCAGAUAACAUUCACAAGAUUGAGUUUGCCAUGAACACUGCUGUUCAUGAGGUCACCGGCUAUAGCCCAUUUCUGUUGACGUUUGGUCGUGAAGCUGUUCUGUCCGGGGAUUGGUAUCCUGAUAGGGAAUUGAGUGUGGAGGAGUUGCAGUUUGUGGAUAGAGAUCUGUAUGCCUCAAUGUUAUUGCAUUUGAAGCCUUUGUUUGAAAAUUUUAAUGCUGCCAUUAAGAAGUCUUACCAUAGAAGCAGAACUUACUAUAAUAAAAACAGAACUCAGGUUGAGUAUGAAGUUGGUCAAGUUGUUUGGAAGAGGGAGUAUCCUUUGUCUGAUGCAGACAAAUUCUUUGCUAAGAAGUUGGCUCCCAAAUUUAAAAAGUGCGUUGUCCAGAGGAAAGUAUCACCUGUCUCUUAUGAGCUGCAAGACUUUCAUUCUGGGAAGUCCUUAGGUAGGUGGCAUAUCAAGGACAUUGUGAAGUCAGAACCAGAUAAUUAG